ACCACCCUCCUGGAGAAGGUGGAGGGCUGCCGCGACCUCCUGCCCGAGAGCCCCGGCAAGUACCUGGUCUACAACGGUGACCUGGUGGAGUACGACGCCGACCACAUGGCGCAGAUCCAGCGGGUGCAUGCCUUCCUCAUGAACGACUGCCUGCUCGUGGCCACCGCCCUGCCCAACCGCCGCGGUGCCUACCGCUAUGAUGCCCUCUACCCCCUCGAUGGGCUGGCUGUGGUCAAUGUCAAGGACAACCCGCCCAUGAAGGACAUGUUCAAGCUGCUCAUGUUCCCUGAGAGCCGCAUCUUCCAGGCCGAGAACGCCAAGAUCAAGAAGGAGUGGCUGGAGGUGCUGGAGGAGACCAAGCGCAACCGGGCCCUCAGCGAGAAGCGACGCCUGGAGCAGGAGGCCCUGCCCCGGCCUGCCCCGACACCCCCCGAGUCCACCAACCCCUUCGAGGAGGAUGAUGAGGAGGAGGAGGAAGAGCCCUCUGCUGAGGAGGAGGUGGUCGACCUCUCACUUGAGUGGAUCCAGGAGCUGCCAGAGGACUUGGAUGUCUGCAUUGCUCAGCGGGACUUUGAGGGGGCGGUGGACCUCUUGGAUAAACUCAACGAGUACCUGGGGGACAAGCCCGUGAGCCAGCCUGUGAAGGAGCUGCGGCUCAAGGUGGAUGAGCGGGUCCGGCAGCUUACGGAUGUGCUGGUGUUUGAGCUGUCUCCAGACCGCUCGCUGCGAGGAGGGCAACGGGCCACCCGCCGAGCCGUCUCCCAGCUCAUUCGCUUGGGCCAGUCCACCAAGGCGUGUGAGCUCUUCCUGAAGAACCGGGCGGCCGCGGUGCAGACAGCCAUCCGACAGCUGCGCAUUGAGGGUGCCACGCUGCUCUACAUCCACAAGCUCUGCCACGUCUUCUUCACCAGCCUUCUAGAGACGGCGAGAGAGUUUGAGACAGACUUUGCUGGUAACAACGGCUGCUACUCAGUAGCUAAAGAGCACUGCAAGCAGCUUAGCGAGAUUGGACUGGACCUCACCUUCAUCAUUCAUGCCCUUCUGGUAAAGGAUAUCAAAGGUGCUUUACAGAGCUACAAGGAUAUCAUCAUUGAGGCCACCAAGCACCGCAACUCUGAGGAGAUGUGGAGGAGGAUGAACCUAAUGACUCCAGAGGCGCUGGGGAAACUCAGGGAGGAGAUGAGGGGCUGCGGGGUAGGCAAUUUUGACCAAUACACGGGUGAUGACUGCUGGGUCAACCUUAGCUAUACUGUAGUAGCUUUCACUAAGCAGACUAUGGCCUUCUUGGAGGAAGCGUUGAAGCUUUACUUUCCAGAGCUGCAUAUGGUUCUUUUGGAGAGUCUUGUGGAAAUCAUCCUGGUGGCUGUCCAGCAUGUUGAUUACAGUUUACGGUGUGAACAGGACCCUGAGAAAAAAGCAUUCAUUAGGCAGAAUGCAUCCUUCCUGUAUGAAACUGUCCUUCCUGUUGUGGAAAAAAGAUUUGAGGAAGGAGUUGGAAAGCCAGCCAAGCAGCUACAGGAUCUGAGAAAUGCUUCAAGAUUGAUGCGUGUAAAUCCGGAAAGUACCACCUCUGUGGUGUGAAGUGACCUAACUGUUCUUAUGAACGGAGCGUGAAAGCACUUACUGAAAAUGUUGUACAUUGAAUAUGAGAGCUAAAUGGUUUUUCUGAGUCCCUGAAAAAUGCAGAAAUCUAACUGCUGCAUUCCAGAAGCUGAAGACUUACAAUCAAAGCCUGCAAGGGUGCAAUGCUUUGCUUGGUGGAUGGCGGGUAGGAGACCGAGAAGUAAGGUCGAGGUCACGUGUCAUUGGACAGCAUAUCCUGUAAGAAUGGCUUGUGUAGCGUUUGUGGCUUGGGAAAUACUAUAAUAUACAUUUUUUGGCCAAAUGUUUGUGAAAGUCUUAAAUAUACGCACACCACACGGCAGGAAAAGAUCACUUCUCAUCACGUCACUGUAGGAAUUCUUUUUUAAGGCAGUGUUCUGGUAGGAGGGGAAGUGCUGAAACGCUUCCAAGGUGUGGUAUUCGGUGAGGCACGUCCACCAUCCAGAUGUGACUCAGCACUGCAGAUAAACAGCAUGGAUUUGCACAGUCUGAUUUGUUUGGUAGCAGUGCAGACUCUUCAGUUUCUCCAACAUUCAAAUGCUCUUCAUUCAUUUCAGAGGCAGAUCUAAAUUAAAAAUGUCUUUUGUACAGGUUUUUGUGUUUGGGUGAAGGGGCUUUUUCUAUUUAAUAAGCUGGCCUGUCGGCUUAAAUUACAGCUCUCUGAAAACAAACCUUCUGCUGUCAGAAACAUUUGUUCCCUUCAGCGAAGAAGUGAGAAUAACUUUCUUCCCUUCCCCUUUGUGUUCCCCUUUCUUGUUUUCUUAUGGACUUCAUUGGGGUCAAGUCCAUUGGAUGAAGUAUGCGCUCUUGCUUGAGGUGCUGUCAUAAAUGCAUGAUGGGCCAUUACCUACUGGUAGAAACCAUAGUGGGAGGCAUAAAUGCUCUUGAGAUGUGCAGGGCAGGGAGAGGGUCUGAAGGUACUGUUUCGUCUGGAAGAAACAGAAUGCUAGUUUUGCUGUACAGAAGCAGCACAAGGUGAAGAGACUGGGUGUGAGGCUUUUUGUAAAUGAUGCGAUCUUCAAAAUACGCACUCUGUCUCUCCUGCAAAUAUUAGUGUCGUUUCCUGUAAUACAGCAAUAACCAAGAAGAACUAUCUUUUUUGCAGAAAACACAAGGACUGUAUUUGGUUGGGAACUCUAAUGUGGAUGGGGGAAGUUUAUGCAAACGCUCGUUUGUUUGGAUUGAAGGUGAUGGCUGUCUCGUUCAGUACGUGUCUCUGGAUAUAAAAUAAGCCAAGUCUUGUGAAAAGGCUGGCUUUAGAAAGCUGUCAGCAUCAUCUUCUAAGCUGUGUAAACUUCUUCCCCUUUAGUGCAGACUUUCUUAAUUGUGAGAAAAUCAUGUCGCAGCUAAGUAACCUUGUAUUAGACUCUCGAUAAGUGUUCUUAACUGGAAUAAUUGAGUAUCCUAUUCCUCUUGCGCUUUCAAAUGAAAGCUUUUGCAGUUUGUAUCAUGGUAAUGAAUGCCUUGUGACUGCCUGAACAAACAAAAGAUAUCGCUAGUAAAAUGUUCUGCAUAACUGCUUAUACUGGAGCUUCUUCAUUUCUCCCUGUUUUCACAGCGCUGGUUCAAUGCAGUUUUCACUUUAGUGGCUAUUUUUCUUUCUCUCAUCUCUUUGGAUGCCUUUUGAACUGUCAGAUUUUGCAAAGCAUCCUACUGUCUCUGCUCACUCGCUCACCAGUGUUUGAGCCUUUUGCUAGCAAAUCACAGAAAAAAAAUGUACAAAAUGGUUUUAAAGGGUGACUCGGUGCUCUUAGCUAAAACUGAUUGAAAACCACUGAAAUAGCUAUAGUUUUAUUUUAAGGUACAGGGACAGUGAGAGUUAGAACUUGUGUGAACAUGUUAACAGCUGUGCGGCUCUCUCUUGGAGAUAUUUACUAGUGAACUAUCUUUGAUACCAGAACCUGGUGAAGUAUAUCGAAGUAAUAUAUUCUCUCAUCUGUUCAAAGUGGGCAAAGGUAGCAACCUGGCCUUACUUAAUUUGAGAAGUAUUUUCAAGUGGAUUAUAAGUGAGAGCUCUCCAUGAUGACGGGUAUUUUGGAGGAGAGGGAGAAGGGAGGGCUUUUUUUCUCCGAAGGCAGGUGUAUUUUACUGUUUUCUUUACAGCAGAAGAAAGCGCCUUGUGAGCACAGAAUAAGUACAGACAAGCCUUAUGUAACUUUUUUUUUUUUUUUCUGUGCAAGAGAAGGGUAAGCUGUGGAACUGCUGUUCAAGACUGGUUAUUGUGAUGCUUGAGGAUUUUGUGUAAGAAGCUGAAUCGCAGUUUCCCGAUUCCCAGCUCUGGCAUAAGACUGAAUAGGAGGAGAGCCCUAUUCAUGCUUCUAUUGCAAGCUGGUGUAGCACAUCUUGCCCUCCUCAGAGGAUGAAAUGUAGAAUGUAAUUCUGCCAUGUGCUCUGUUAUGCCUCUGUCACCGCUCCCUUCAUCAAUCUAUUUACGGCACGCACGGCCUACUGAUUUUGUCUCUGCUGUCAUCCAUAGAGCAGUGGGCUUAUGUGGAUGUUGGUUUUAAUGGAUCAGGGAAUCUGGCCUUUCCUUCGGGUGAUCAAAUAUCAUGUUCGUGUGCCUCUCACAAUUCAGACACGCCUGUGGAUUUGUAUAAACUGCUGUAGGUAGCAUUGAUAUUUUGUAACCUGUGAAUCUAUUCAAGUCAUAAUAAAAGAAGAACAAUGACUUAAAGAAAAUGGUGUGCAAUUAAAUUAAACACGCUUUGUAUGUUAAUUCAGUUAACAGAAGAAGUCAACAUAUGCUGAGAGUCCUGGUUUAAUAAAUUUCAGAUUUGCAGAUGGUAAAUUGGAAUGGCACUUUUCUUUUCCUGAGCUGUACACUUGUGGGAAUAGUGUUGUUCAAGCUGGGAUUUGCAGUAACUACUGAAUAAUACGAUAGCAGUUUUGUUGAUUUGGGGAAGAACUAGUUGUAUUUUUUUUGCUUUGAGACAACUGCAUAUAAAAUCUGGUUUCCUUUAGCUCCUGUGACAAAAUUGUGAUGUGUAAAAUGACGAUUUUUUUUUUUUAAUUAAGAUGAAUUUAUGUAUUAGAAUUUAAUGCAAUAACUUCUCUGAGCAGUGAGGACCAUGUAUUAAAACUUUUGGACAUACAACACUA